AUGGAGCUGAAGCAGCUACAAGUGCCUGUCGUCGUUGUGUGCGCCCUUUCGGCCUUGAUAGCGACGUUUGCUAUAGUGUGUCGCGUAUGGGCACGCGCUCUUACGCGAAAGAAAUGGGAGGCCAAUGACUGGCUGAUGGUAAUCGCAUAUGUUGGUCUCCUCGGCGAGCUGAUUGAUGCGAUUGUCUUUGUCUUCGUCCAGUACUAUGGCGUGCACAUCAAGGACGUGCCGGUGGCUGCCAUCGUGCAAAUGAAGAGACAUCCCGAAAGCCGCUACAUACUUACCAGCAUGGCUUUAAGUGCUAAUGUGUUCUGCAACCUGUCGAUUACACAGCUUUAUGCGACGCUGUUUCCGUAUACACGUUUUCGCAUCGUCUGCCGCGCGCUGCUGGCUUUGACAGUGGCAUAUUAUAUCAGCUUCAUGACAGUGCAGUUCUUCUCAUGUCCGCAGAAGAUGGACAACGCGCUUGCUAUGGCUCAAAAGUGUGCGGAGAACAGUAGAACUAUCUGGGUGGGCGCGAGUGCAGGCGCCAUGUGCAUAGACCUGGCAAACGUAGUACUGCCACUACCUCUCCUCUGGCGGCUGAACGUGGACUUUGAGAAGAAAGUCCGAUUGACACUGCUGUUCGGGCUGGGGUUCUUGUGA